AGAUGACAACUAAAGAACAUAAGCGUGAUUAUUUUGGGUCAGAAAUGGCAGAAGAUGAUAUACAGAUUGAAAGCCGAAUGGAAAAUAUGUCAAUUGGAAAUCUAACAAGCAAUUCGAAGCUUUUUGAUAAACCGCAACCAUUGAUAUAUACAGAUAAAGCAGGACCGUUGCAGCUUAAUGGAGAUGUUUUGACUCAACUUUCUCAUAUAAACAAGAAAUUGAAUGUUGUCUGUGUUUGCGGUUCUUAUAGAACUGGGAAAUCGUAUUUAAUGAAUUGGAUUGCAGGCGACAAAACAGGGUUUAAUCUUGGCGAUACAGUUCGAUCAGAGACAAAAGGUAUAUGGAUCUGGUGCAGAGAACAUCCAAAGCAAUCGGACCAAGUGUUAGUUUUGUUAGACACAGAGGGAUUUGGUGAUCCGGAAAAGAGAGAUCCAGAACAUGACAACAAAAUGUUUUGUCUUGCGCUUCUGAUGAGCAGUACACUGAUAAUAAAUGUAAAGUCUGUGAUCGAGUACUCAACCCUGAAGGAAUUAGAGUAUCCUUUUAGUAUACAUUUAGCGAUCCAUUCAGAGGGCGUUUCUUUUGGAGGGGAACCUGAUGAUUCAUACAAUGUACAGUUACAGUCUGAAGAUGAUGAUAAAGCGGAAGAAAAACAUAAUGCCAAAACAAUCCAGAUUGCUUCUCCCACUCUGAUUAUGUGCAUCAGAGAUUUUUAUUUGGAAAUGAUGAUGGAUGGAAGACUUCAGACAGCAAACGAAUACCUUGAAGCUAACCUUAAAUCAGUAGAACUGUCUACGUUAUCAGAGAAACAACAGAAAAAACAAAAGAAAUCAAACAACAUUAACGAGUGUAUCAAAGCUUAUUUUCCAAAGAGAACAUGUUUUACGAUUGCACAGCCAGCUAUGGGUGGAAAUCUGAAAAAUAUCGAACAAUUAGAUGAAACAUCUUUAGACAAGACUUUUGUCGAAGACAUCAAAGCAUUACAAAAUUACGUUUAUGACAGAAAACCUAAGUACAUUUGUAAUGCUAGCAAGAAACCAUUAGAGGGACCAGUGUACGACGCAACAGUUUAG